AUGGGUCUUCAAUUAGCAUGGAUUGGUCUUGGAAACAUGGGCAGAGGCAUGUGCAAGAACCUCGUAGAGAAAGGUCAACUCGAUAAACCCCUCAUACUCUACAACCGAACAACAAAGCGUGCAGAAGAUCUCAGUGAAUCCCUUCCAUCAGGCAAAUCCACCGUCUCUUCAUCUAUUGCAGAUCUAGUUUCCAAAUCCGAUAUCAUCUUUACAUGCGUAGGAGACGAUACUGCCAUUAAUGAGACAAUCGAUGCAGGUAUCAAGAAUGGUGCGGCUGGAAAAAUCUUCGUCGAUUGUUCGACUGUUCAUCCAGAUACCACGGAAGGAUUAGCAAAAAAGAUUAUUGUUGCUGGAGGAAGCUUUGUUGCAUGCCCAGUUUUUGGUGCUCCGGCCAUGGCAGAAAGUGGACAACUUAUUUGCGUACUUGCUGGACCAAAAGAAAGUGUAGACAAGGUCAAGCCUUACACUAAAGGAGUUAUGGGCAAAGCCAUCAUCGAUUUCGGUGGACAACCAGUUGGAAAAGCAACACUGUUGAAGGUUAUUGGAAAUACCUUUGUUCUUAAUAUGGUCGAGGUUCUUUCCGAAGGUCAUGUCCUUGCAGAGAAAACUGGCUUGGGCACAGAGAACCUUCAUCAAUUUAUCGAAGCAUUAUUCCCAGGUCCAUAUUCUGCAUAUUCGAGCAGAAUGUUAUCGGGCGAUUAUCAUAAACGGGAAGAACCAUUAUUUGCAGUUGACUUGGCCAGAAAGGAUGCAAGACAUGCAAUGGCAUUAGCGAAGAGUGCUGGUACUCAAAUGAAGGUAGUUGAAGUCGCAGAUGCUCAUUUGGAGCAAGUGAAGAAUCACAGGGGAGAAGCUGGUGAUAUCGGUGCCAUUUAUGGAGCUGUUAGACAGGAAGCUGGCCUUCAAUUUGAGAACUAG